UUAGGUGCCCAGACUGUGGCCUCCCUUGGGAUGGGGCUAUGUCUCCAUGGGAACCUCAGACCCUCAGCUCCCAGCUCCCUCCAUGGGGGUGGGCAGCAGAAAUGGGAGUCUUCCAGGCCUGGCUGAGGAAGAAAAGACAGGGGCAGGAAACAGACCAAGAGGGAUGAAGUUCCCCAUGCCCUCAGAUGUGGACAUCAAGACUGAGAGACCUUAUGCAACUUGCUCAAGACAUUCAGCAUUCUUUGAAGCUAAGAGUGACAGAUGGCGGCGGGUCCCGGGGGAGCCGGCUCUCCCCCAAUGCAGACGCAUGCCAAUCACCGUCUCUCAUGUGAUAGCUGCUGCCCGUGACGUGCCAAGCCCAUAUGGCCUGGCAUAGAGGCUGGUACCCCGCCUGGUAGAGAUGCCACACUCGCUCCGCGGUUCGCAUGGCGCUCUGAAGACGCCGGCGCCCGCCGCCUUGAGGAGCCGCUGCCCCCGCUCCCUGAAGAUGGGGGAACAAUGAAAUAAGCGAGAAGAUUCCUCUUCUCCCCCCUCUCUCUCUUGCCCCCCUCCCCCCCCUCCCCUCCCCUCUCCCCUUGACUCCUCUCCGAGGCACCAUGCUGACCCGCCUGUUCAGCGAGCCCGGUCUCCUCUCGGACGUGCCCAAGUUCGCCAGCUGGGGCGACGGCGACGACGACGAACCGAGGAGCGACAAGGGCGACGCGCCGCCGCCGCCGCCGCCUCCGCCGGGGCCCGGGGCUCCGGGGCCAGCCCGGGCCUCUAAGCCAGUCCCUCUCCGUGCAGACGAGGUGCCGGAGGCCGCGCUGGCCGAGGUCAAGGAGGAAGGCGAGCUGGGGGGCGAGGAGGAGGAGGAAGAGGAGGAGGAGGAAGGGCUGGACGAGGCAGAGGGCGAGCGGCCCAAGAAACGCGGGCCCAAGAAGCGCAAGAUGACCAAGGCGCGCCUGGAGCGCUCCAAGCUGCGGCGGCAGAAGGCGAACGCGCGGGAGCGCAACCGCAUGCACGACCUGAACGCGGCGCUGGACAACCUGCGGAAGGUGGUGCCCUGCUACUCCAAGACCCAGAAGCUGUCCAAGAUCGAGACGCUGCGCCUAGCCAAGAACUACAUCUGGGCGCUCUCGGAGAUCCUGCGCUCCGGCAAGCGGCCCGACCUGGUGUCCUACGUGCAGACGCUGUGCAAGGGUCUAUCGCAGCCCACCACCAACCUGGUGGCCGGCUGCCUGCAGCUCAACUCGCGCAACUUCCUCACGGAGCAGGGCGCCGACGGCACGGGCCGCUUCCACGGCUCUGGUGGCCCAUUUGCCAUGCACCCCUACCCGUACCCGUGCUCGCGCCUGGCGGGCGCACAGUGCCAGGCGGCGGGCGGCCUGGGCGGCGGCGCGGCGCACGCCCUGCGGACCCACGGCUACUGCGCCGCCUACGAGACGCUGUAUGCCGCGGCGGGCGGCGGCGGCGCGAGCCCGGACUAUAACAGCUCCGAGUACGAGGGCCCGCUCAGCCCCCCGCUCUGUCUCAAUGGCAACUUCUCACUCAAGCAGGACUCGUCGCCCGACCACGAGAAAAGCUACCAUUAUUCUAUGCACUACUCGGCGCUGCCCGGCUCGCGGCCCACGGGCCACGGGCUGGUCUUUGGCUCGUCGGCUGUGCGCGGGGGCGUCCACUCGGAGAAUCUCUUGUCUUACGAUAUGCACCUUCACCACGACCGGGGCCCCAUGUACGAGGAGCUCAAUGCGUUUUUCCAUAACUGAGACCUCGCGCCUGCCCCUUUCUUUUUCUUUUGCCUUUGCCCGCACCCCUGUCCCCAGCCCCCCGAGCGCAAGGGGACCCCCACCUAUCCUGGCGCCGGGCGCGGGGAGCGGGCCGCCGGUACUGACCCUCUCCCGGGCAGUGCAGUCCUCUUACCAGUGGGUGGCCCGUCCCAGGAGCCUCGAUUACCCCAGGGGACUCGCCUUCUCUCUCCCCAAGGGGUUUCCUCCUCUUUCCCAGGGGUAGUUCUCCAGGGACCCCUCUUAGGGCACUCCCUGGAGACCACCCCCCAUUCCCAAUCUCUACAUUUAGGUUUCCCCCUCCCCUUCCCCUCUGCAGGCCCAAAGGCAUCGGCAAGGGGGCAGCUGAGCUGUGGGAUACUGUUUUCCCUCUACUGUUGUUGUUGUUAUUAUUAUUAUCAUUAUCAUUAUUAUUAUAACAGACACCGAGCUGCCGUGGCAGAAAGGAGCCGGGCGCCCCCUCUUUCUUGAAGAGGGCAUAAGUCAGGGCGCUCCAGCCUGGACCUGGAACACCCUCUCCCCGACCCCUCGUCUCAGCGUUUCGUGAUUUUAAUUUUGGCGGGAGGAAGUGUGGAUUGAGAGGAAAGAGAGAGGCCAAGACAAUUUGUAACUAGAAUCCGUUUUUCCCCGUUUCCUUUUUUAAAAACAAACAAACAUACAUACAAAAAAAAAAAAAAAAAAAAAAAAAGCUAAGAGGCGACGGAGGCCGAACGCAGAGUCCGGAUCGGAGAGAAAACGCAGUAAGAACUUUUAGAAGCAAUAAAAGGCAAAAAAAUACUACUACCAAUAAUAAAAAGACACAAAUAUCUAUGCAAGGAGGUUCUGACUGAGCCUAGCGGCCCGGCCCGGCCCCGGGAUGCCCCUCCCGGCCCGCGGGCCGCGCCGCCCAAGCGCGGAUCUGUGCACUUUGGUGAAGUGGGGGCCGGCGCCGCCCCCUCCCCUCCCCAGGUUCUUACAAUCAGUGACUCGGAGAUUUGGGGCCCCAGUGCCACUGCCCUCCCCCGCCCCGUCCCCAUUGUGCGUCAUGCUGUUUUUUAAAAAUCUGUUUCCAAAUUUGUAUGGAAUGGCAAACUGUUGGGGGGGUCGGUUUGGGGAGGGAGGGUUUGCAUGAGAGACACACACACGCACACCACACCGCACGCACACGCAGGCCCGGCGCCGGCGUCCGGGGGCAGAGGGGAGGAGACCUCGCCGACCCCCCCCCCCGCUCCCCACAGGCAAGCCUCAUCCCGGGUUGAGGGUGGAGACCAAGACCUGGGGACAGCCCCGCCCCUGCCCGACUGUGCCUCGGUGGGCGCAAGGCGCCGGCCAUUUCCGAUGACUGGAGAGGAGGUUUUUGUCUGAAGCGUCCUCUUGGUUCUGGCUAGCAGGUGGGCAGGGAGAAGGCUGAGGGUUCCUUCUGGAAGUUUCCCAGAAAAGGGGGCAAAAGGAGAACCUCUCCCCACCGGAGGCAGGAGAUCAGGCAUCCAAACACACGACGCAAAAAUGCAAACCCACAAGCGACACACCCACACACUCACCCACAUACUCACACGCAAUUUUACCUUCCUCUUGUAGCGAAGAUGAAACUCCCGUCGGACACCCGAAGUGCAUUGCGUGUUUCUGUUCAGUUUAAUGACGAUUAAUAAAUAUUUAUGUAAAUGAGAUGCAAAGCCGGA